UUCGUAAUACCUCUAUUUCUCACCAAGUUUCUCCUUAUUUUCAACAUGAACUCUUUCAAUUGCAAGCAUUAUUACAACAAUUUACACAUUUUCGUCGUGACAUCAUUUCUAGUUUGUUCUCUUUACCCACCUAAGACUUCACUUGCAAGAGCACAAUAUAUCAACGUCGACAACUCGGACUCGGACUCGGACUUGACCUCGGACUCGAUUUGGAACCCGCUUUACACGGGAAUAGUAGCUACGGUCUUAACCAUCUUCUUCAUCCUCUUCUACUACACGGCUUACACAUGCUUCAUUCGCUUCUGCUGGCAGCGGCCGGACCCCGUGCCAGAUCAACCAGGCCGAGGCGGGCUCGACCCGGCAAUCCUUGUGGCUUUCCCUGUCUUUACCUACUCUGAUGUGGAAGGCCUUGGACUUACCAAGGGGCCGUUAGGUCCGGUAGAGUGUGCGGUGUGCCUAAGCCCGUUUGAGGAGAAAGACACACUCCGUUUGCUGUCCAAAUGUUACCAUGUGUUUCACCUUCAUUGUGUGGACCGUUGGUUGGCGGCCCACACCACAUGUCCGCUUUGUCGAGCCAACCUCGUCACCUUGCCCGGUGAGACGAGUCGAGUGGAAUCGGGAAGUGUUGAUGAGUCGGGAAGCAUCAUUUUGUCAGGGGUGGCAGCGGUUGAAAGUGAUCAUACACCCGAGGGUAAGUUUAUUGGCAAGAUUUGGAGGUGGAAUUCAACAGGGCACUUGACGGAAAUCGGAUGGGAGGAGGGUGAGGUAAGGUCCGGUUUAAGGUCACCAGAAUCAGUACGAAAAGACUUAGUGGCAAGCAAUAAUUUGACUAGGAGUAGUAGUUGUAUAAUAACGUUGUGGACGUAGCUAGGAACGUAGGAUAUAUAUACAAAGAGAAUGAACAUAAGUUGCAUUUCUUUUGAAACAAAUGUGUUUCAUACUUUCAUUGGCUUAUAAUAAAGACCUCGCAAUUUAGAAGGUGGAGUAUGGUGCACAGUGAGAAUGGUGCACUUUAAGAACACUAGUAUAUAAUUAAAUGAAUAUUUGGUUACGUAAAAAGAAUAUGAAUAUAUUUUUAAUAAAUAGUGAAAUAAUAUACGAGGUAUUAUAAUUUAUAACAAAAAAGUGA